CACAGGGCUCGGAGCCCAGUGCCUGCCUUGGGUUUGGGUUCUGCUUCCCUUGGGGUGUGCAGACAGGACACCCUGGGGCAGGCAGGUGGCUUUGGCGAGCGGGUGCAGAGGCAGCCUGGCUGGGGCUGCAGGUGGCAGGAAAGAAGGGUUGUUGAGGUUUAUUAACCAUUUAUUACUCUCAGAGGCCUGGGAAUGGGGCUGGCACAUCGCCAAGGCUAUGGCCUCUGCUCUGUAGGGUUCAGUCCCCAGGAGCAGAGGAGAAAUGGGAGGAAAAAGGCUUUUGGGGUGAUAUGUGCAGUCUGUGUGCACAUCCCCACACUGAUCCCCUUAGAGAAGCAGGAGCAAAAGCCAGGGCAUGGCUCCUGUCCCCUCCCAGCUCCUCUUGCCUGGUGCAGGGACAGCGACAAGAACCUGCAGCAGAUCCCACCUCAGAGGGAAAUGUGUGCCCAUGGGACAAAGGGCAUUUCAAGGGCUCCUCUGGUGCCACACAAGUCCAGCACAGAUUCAAGGCUGCAGGGUUUGAAUUUGGCUCUCAUUAUGAUUUUGAGGGAGGACAGAGGAAGUUCAGCCCACUUGUGGCUGCAGUGGAACUCCUGGCUCGGAGGGAUGUGAGCGCUUUCAGGUUGGGCCCAGCCUGGUCUUCCUUUGGAAAUGCCAACAGGACCUGGGGAGCAAAGCCUUGGCUCAAGGCUGUGCCAGGGACACAGCCAGUGCUCAGCCAGGACAAAGGGCAUCUCAUCCUGGAACAAAAUGGAAUGGGGCUGGAAGGGAGGAUUUGCCUGCGGAGGUGUCGGUGCUGAAUGUGAACAGGGCAGCAGGGACCUGGAAGGGGCUCUGGGGCAAUGAAAGCAGCCCCUGCCCAAGGCAGGAGGUCCCUGCAGGCUGGGAGUCUGCAGGAGGUGGCACAGAGCUCAGGCUGGGGAACUGAACCUUUCUUCUUCUUUUUCUGUUCCCUCUUCUCCUUCUGGGGAUGGGGAGGUUUGCAGCUGCCCUGCAGGAAGGUGCUGCAGCCCCACCUCUGUGCCUGCUCCUCCACAGCGUCUGGUGACUCUCCACCAAGAGGAGGGAUCUGGGCACUCAAGCGGGGCAGUAAACAGGGCUGGGGCUUCCUGCCCAGCUGCAGCAAGAGGAACCAGGCCCAGCAGCACUGGAGCUGUGGGCAGGGCACCCGUGGGUGCUGGGGGGGUCCCCACCUCCCCUGCUUCCUGCACUGCAGGUCCCACAGCACCAGCCCACAGCCCAGGGGGCUGUGUGGCCACAGGAUCUGGGAACACCCCUGGCCACCACAGGGCUCCAAGCCCAGGAAAUUCCAUCAGGGAAGGGUUUCUGCUCGGUCCAGGGAGUGGGAAUGCAGAGCUGGGAGUAUCUGGAGCCUUCCUGAGAGGCACCAGCCUCGGAGACAUUAUAGAGAGCAGGUUUCGGUGGGGUAUCAACCAGAAAACCACCUGGAAAACUUUCAGGAGACAGGAUGGAAAUCGAAAGGUGGGAUCUCAGCAGACAAGAACAGCACUGGGAACAGCACAGGCAGCAGGUGCUCCCCGGUGUACCAGAACAUGCGGUACGUGGCCGUCAGGAAGAACAUGCCCAUCUACCUCAUCUGCUACUCCCAGGAGCCCCAGGCGAUGCAGUGGUACAAGACAGCAAAGGACAGGGAUGACCUCUCUGGGCUGGAUCAGAACACGGCCAGCUACCGCAUCGAGAGGACAAACACCUCCAUCAACCUCACUCUGGUCAGGGCCACCUCAGAGGACAGUGGGAUCUACGUGUGCGAUAGGAAGGGCCUGAUGCAGAAGGAGAAGCUGCACUCGUGUGGGACAGAGCUCCGGGUCAUGGGUACCAGCAGCAUCAAGCAGUUCCAGAACAGGAACACGCUGAAAGACGCCAUCAUCAUCAUCCAGUCCAUCCUGCUCGUCAUCUUCAUCAGCAUCCCCAUCCUCCUCUUCCUAGAUAAGGGUGAAGACAAGAAGAGCCCAGAGGAGGACCACACCUAUGAGGGGCUGGAGGUGGAGCAGAUGGCCACCUACGAGGACAUCACUCCUUUCCGGGACGUGAAAGCCAAGUGGACAGUGGGGGAGCACCCAGGUGAAGAGUGAGGGGUCCUGCGCCCCCCUCCAGGCCCUGCCAGCCCCCGUGGGGACGGAUCCCCUGGAGCACGGCUCUGCCCGGAUCCCGGGCUGCCAACACGGCACAGCCCAGCUCAGGGCUGGGAGCCCGCUGCCCUGGGCUGCUCACCUGUCCAGGCUGUGUCCCCGAGGCUGCCCCACCCCACUGCCACUGUCCCCACCCCGCUGACCGACUCCUAAAGCCUCUGUAGAAAUUAGGAGCCACCUGUGAUCCCCCAGUAGAAAACUGGUCGCCCAGCCCGGGCAGCCCCACACCCAGCACUGAGCUCCAGCCUGGUCAGUGCCAAGGAAGGACUGGGAAUGAGGGCUCUGCUCCAGCCCCACCACCCCAGGAAGGACAGGACCUGGCACUGCAAGGGCACUGCCAACAGCACCGUGUGAGAAGUGGAUUUUGGGCCACUCUUCAGCUGUCAAAGCCAUGGCUGUGUCCACAGGCCCAGCUGGGAGAGGUCUGAGGUGGAGGAUCCCCCCAAAGCACCUCAUUUUCUCCAAAGACUAUGGAAGAGCUGGGGAGAAGGCUUGCUGCUCCCCAAGCAAGAGCUGGCCCCUGUCAGAAGGUCGUCCCCAUGAUGAGGGACCUGUGUGACCUCAGAACAUCUGGGAAAAUUAUAAAUUGUGGUACACAAAUCUCCAACUGCUUUUGAAGUCCUAAUAAAGGUAAUGGGUAGAUCCUCAUCCUGCUCCAUCCUGCCAUGCCCAUUCCAGGGGUGUCCCAUAACCCUGGUGCUGGUUUCCUGGGACUAAUGAGCAGCUUUUUGUGUCCAGCUUAGCUGGAAACCAAACUUCACCUCCUCAAACUUCACUCAGAGGGCAGGCAGGAAUGGAAAACCAAGAGCAGAUGCGAGGCUACCUGUGAGGACCUCAACAGUGCCAAAACAUCAGCUUGGGAUGCAACAGCAAGAAUCACCAGGAUCCAAAGCAGGAGAACAGGGCCCAGGGCCAGCAGCCCCACUCUCAGCUAGGUCUAGUCUUGAAGGACAAGCUAAAAAACAUCUGGAUUUGUGAUUAAAUUAUCUUGGCAUGGCAGCAACAGCUUUGGGUGGUGGGCUCAGGGCCAGCUGGGCACCCAAACCAGGGCUGGGGGGGCACAGUGGGUAUAGGGGCUUGGCUGGACGAGGGUGACAAGGACAUUGUGGCUCAAACUGUCCCCUCUCAGAGAGCCCAACACCUCUGUCCUGGUGUUUCACGACAUUUUGGGCUCCAAGCAGCUCCUGCAACUGCUUUGCACCCCAACAACAGCCAGAGAAGGAUACAAUUCUAAGCAAAAAAGAAGUAACAGGAUGGUUCUUUACCAGUAAGCACCUCAGUGGAAAACUGGAAUUCAGUUUAAACAGCAUAUAAACCAGCAUUUUGGAAUUGAUUUUUACUAGUUAAAUAAAACUACCCCAAAUUAGUUCUGCCACAUAUAUAGAAAAGUUAUUUAAGUAUAUUUUACUUAUAAAAUUGGUUAAUUUAAAAAAAGGAGCAUUCACAGGGAGAGAAAAGAACUGGCUGUUCUUGGUUUCCACGUUUGCCAAGAUUUUAGGACUUGCAGAGCUCACCUCUCCAUUCCUUGUUUUCAGUUUCCAAAUGGAAGUUUGAAGUUUUUUCUGGCCUUCCCAGCUCCAGAUUCCUCAGAUCUCUGUAAACAACUCACUCAAGUGACUGAACAGAAUAGAAAUAUAUAAAGAAUUAGAAUUAGAAUUAGAAUUAGAAUUAGAAUUAGAAUUAGAAAAAAAUAAAGAAAAAUCUGCUGUUUGCACCUGGUGAGAAACCACUUGUGUCAAAAGCAGUUUUUGUGACCCCAGUCCUUCUCUGUUGCUCCCUUAGCCCAGGGUUUUGGCCUCCUUUAAAAUGUCAGAAGUAAAUAAAUAUUUCUGUAGUGUUGUUGGUUUAUUUGAAAUGCUUGAAGUAGUUUCUAAGAAGCCUGGAGAUGGGGGUUUGUUUCAUUCUAUAUUCAGAGUGGUCUGUGUUUAAAACACAUUUAAUGUUAAUAAAUAUAUCAGUCUAUGCA